AUGAACGAGAAACCCGCUCUCAACUAUGGAUCGCUGCCAACUGUGUCACUCGACAAGCUCAUCGAUGGUGAUGCUGGGACGGUGAACGAGCUCACUUCCGCCUGUCGAGACAUUGGCUUUUUCUACUUGGACCUGCGCAAUGUACGGACAAAUAAUAUUCUGGAAGACGUGGAUAGGAUCUUUUCCAUCACAGAUGACCUGUUCCGGUUGCCUUUUGAGAAGAAACAAGAAUAUAGCACAGAGAAAUUCUCCGUUUCCAAGAUACUAGGAUAUAAACCGCCGGGUUUGACCACGGGCCCGUAUGGUGGGAAGAAGGAUGGAUUCGAAAGCUUCAUGAUCCCCAAUAAUGCGCUCUUCGACCUCGACCCCAACAUGCCCAUGACGGCUCCCGAGCCACUGACUUCAAAGCGGGACCUUUUGGAACACUUUGUUGGGGAUAUUCACGAGCAAGGGCUUUUGAUCCUCUCGACAUUGUCUCGGGCGUUGCAGCUCCCUCUCGACCUGAAAGACUGCCAUCGCAAGUGCGAGCUAUCGACGACGGGACUUGGUCUACUCAAGUAUCUGCCUUACGGCAGUAGUGACGCGAAUAUUGGCCACAUUGCACAUACCGACCUUGGCAGCCUGGCAAUUGUCUUCUCCAACACUGGUGGUUUGCAAGUAUUCAUGCCAGGCCUGGAGGACUGGCGGUACAUUGCUCCCAAACCCGGGCACGCGAUCGUAAACGUGGGAGACUCCUUGACUGCCCUUUCGAAAGGUGUUCUCCGAUCGUGUUUGCACCGGGUUGUGCCUCCGCCCGACGCUUGGGACCAGAUCAAGUUCUCCCUCGUCUAUCUCAUGCGUCCGGAAUAUGACACCGUUUUCACCACGAGUGAUGGGAAGGAAUGGAGGAGCUUGGACUGGCACAACCGAAAGUUCACCGUAUUGAGAGCGACUCAUUUGGUUCAGAGUCAAGACUCAGUCUUGACCGGCCGUCAUGGCUUCAUUGGCCUCGCCGACACACCCAGCUUGACCAAGCCCUAA